ACUCACUCCACAGAUAUGAACGCCAGCAGCUGAACACAACACCUGCAAUCUGGCUCUUUUAGGAGCCAAAACAGACAUCCAAACCCGUGGAGUUAACAUACAUACAUCCUCAUUUCACACACCCUUUGGACCGAUCAUCAAACUGAAAUUCUGGAUGUAAUGGUUUAUUCUUUUACCGCUUUCUCUCCCCGAUGAACUGGGUUAGUAAUGCAGGAGACAGCAGCGAAUCUGUCCGCUGCUCAAGAUGGCAGAUUUUUAUUGAGUUCUGAACAGUGCUGUUGCUUCAUUUUUUGCCAUGAAUAACAGGAAUCCUUGCACCGAUGGCCCCUGUAUACGAAGGUAUGGCCUCGCAAGUGCAAGUCUUCUCCCCUCACACUCUCCAGUCAAGUGCCUUCUUUAGCGUGAAGAAACUGAAGGUGGAGCAGAAUUGCAACUGGGAUAUGACAGGGUACGGCACGCACAGCAAGGUCUACAGUCAGAACAGCAAGCAGAGUGUCUCAGUCGCGCCAUUGGGCAUCAGCAGUGCCAGUCUCCAGGUCUCCAACUCUUCCCUGUCCUACGAACAGGCCCUCCUCUUCCCAGCCAGCUCAGGGCACAUAGUAGUGGCCUCGGCCAGCAGCACGUCUGGGGCAGCUGGUCAACUUUUGGGCAGCACCAGCAGUAGUGGGAGCGGCAGCGGAGGGCACAACCUGACACGCCGCAGCACCGUCAGUCUGCUGGAUACGUACCAGCGAUGCGGGCUUAAGCGGAAAAGCGAGGAUCUGGACAACAACAACGGCAGUGCAAGUAGCGUGCACAUGGUCGAGGAGCAACAGCCAACCGCACCCAUGAUUCAGAACAAUGUGCAGAGCGGGACCACCGCUGCAACGGCAACAGCAUCCACUACAGCGACGUCCAAGAAUAGCGGGGCCAAUAGCGAGGGCGAUUACCAGCUCUUGCAACAUGAGGUGCUUUGCUCUAUGACCAACACCUAUGAGGUACUGGAGUUCCUGGGUCGAGGUACCUUCGGGCAAGUGGUGAAGUGCUGGAAACGUGGUACCAGUGAGAUAGUGGCUAUCAAGAUCCUGAAGAACCACCCUUCUUACGCACGGCAAGGCCAGAUUGAGGUGAGCAUCUUGGCACGGCUGAGCACAGAGAGUGCGGAUGACUACAACUUUGUUAGGGCAUACGAGUGCUUCCAGCACAAGAACCACACGUGCCUGGUCUUCGAGAUGUUAGAGCAGAACCUGUAUGACUUCCUCAAGCAGAACAAGUUCAGCCCGUUGCCGCUCAAGUACAUACGACCUAUCCUGCAGCAGGUGGCCACUGCCCUCAUGAAGCUCAAGAGCCUUGGACUGAUCCACGCUGACCUGAAACCUGAGAACAUCAUGCUUGUAGACCCAGCUCGGCAGCCCUACAGGGUCAAGGUCAUUGACUUUGGUUCUGCAAGUCACGUCUCCAAAGCUGUGUGCUCUACCUACCUGCAGUCUAGAUACUACAGAGCUCCAGAGAUCAUCCUGGGUCUGCCCUUCUGUGAGGCCAUAGACAUGUGGUCCUUGGGUUGUGUCAUCGCUGAGCUGUUCCUGGGCUGGCCCCUUUACCCCGGAGCAUCUGAGUAUGACCAGAUCCGGUACAUCUCUCAAACACAGGGCUUACCAGCGGAGUAUCUGUUGAGUGCAGGGACGAAAACAACCAGGUUUUUCAACAGAGACCCCGACUCCACCUAUCCUCUAUGGAGACUGAAGACACCUGAAGACCACGAGGCAGAGACUGGGAUCAAAUCUAAGGAAGCUCGCAAGUAUAUCUUCAACUGCCUGGAUGAUAUGGCACAGGUGAAUAUGACCACAGAUUUGGAAGGCAGUGACAUGUUGGUGGAGAAGGCAGACAGGAGAGAGUUUAUCGACCUGCUGACCAAGAUGCUGACCAUUGAUGCAGACAAGAGAAUCACACCCAUAGAGACACUCAACCACCCCUUCGUCACAAUGACACAUCUACUGGACUUCCCACACAGCACACACGUCAAAUCCUGCUUCCAGAACAUGGAGAUUUGCAAGCGUCGGGUGAACAUGUAUGACACAGUCAAUCAAAGCAAGACCCCCUUUAUUACACAUGUAGCCCCCAGCACAUCUACCAAUCUCACCAUGACCUUCAACAACCAUCUUAACACUGUGCACAGCCAGGCCACCAACCUGGCUCCCUCUUCCACCAGUGCCACCCUUUCCCUUGCCAAUGCUGAUGUCUCCAUUCUAAAUUACCAAUCUGCACUCUACCAGCCUUCUGCGGCCCCUAUGGCCGCCGUGGCCCCCAGGACCAUGCCCCUCCAGCCUGGUGCACCCCAACUCUGUGCCGCCAGACCAGAUCCCUUCCAGCAGGCCCUCAUUGUCUGCCCACCUGGCUUCCAAGGUUUGCAGGCAUCACCUUCUAAACACACUGGCUACUCGGUGCGGAUGGAGAAUGCGGUUCCCAUAGUAACACAGGCACCUGGUGCCCAACCUCUGCAGAUCCAGCCAGGCCUUCUGACACAGCAGGCCUGGCCGUCUGGCACCCAACAGAUCCUCCUACCCCCGGCAUGGCAGCAGCUCGCCCAUACAUCCGUGCAACAUGCCACUGUCAUACCAGACUCCAUGACCAGCUCGCAGCCUCUGGCCAACUGGAGGAAUUCACAUCCCCAUGGCAGCCAUUACAAUCCCAUUAUGCAACAGCCGGCCUUACUGGCGGGUCACGUCACUCUGCCCUCUCAGCAACCUCUCAAUGUGGGUGUGGCUCAUGUCAUGAGACAGCCAUCAAACAAUAACUCCUCCAAAAAAAACAAGCAGCACCAGAUGAACAACAGGAACGUGUCAACGUAUGACGUGUCCUCCUCUCAGGUGGUGGCGUCACCUCAGCGAUCUAAACGAGUGAAGGAAAACACCCCUCCGCGUUGUGCUGUGGUUCAAAAUGGGCUGUCCACUACUUGUGCCCCAUCACAGACCUGUGGGGGUGGAGGAGGAGGGGGGUGGGGGGUAGAGCAGGCAUAUAGUACUACACGAGACCACCACGGCCAGCACAACCCACUGCGUCAAACCAUUGUCAUCCCAGACACCCCGAGUCCAGCCGUCAGUAUCAUCACCAUUAGCAGUGACACAGAUGAGGACGAUGACCACAAACAACCCACUAACACCAGCACGUCAUCCAAACAUAGGAAGAAUGUGAUCAGCUGUGUGACGGUCCAUGAUUCCCCUGACUCUGACUCCAGCAACACCAGCCCUUAUGCUGUGGAGUCCCGGGCUAAUGGCACCAAUGCCAAUGGCUACGACUCAAAAGGUGCAGUCUUGGACAACUACAGCAACGGGAACACCCGCACGAUCAUAAUCCCCCCUCUGAAGAGCCAGAACGGCGAGAACAUGGGAGAGUGUGAUAGACUAUUGCCUGAUAUAGUGAGCCACCAGAACUCCACCUACAAAUUCAAGACUUCCAACGGAGGUUUGUCUGGCAACAACCAUUUGUCAGGGGGCAUGGCUGUAUGCGGGUCAUACCGGCAGCAGCGCUUGGGGCCACACCCCUUUCAGCAGCAUCCUCUGAAUCUAAGUCAGGCCCAGCAGCAUAUGGCAGUCGACCGAAACCGGCGGCAACAAGCCUACAUCACCCCCACUAUGGCUACCCAGGCUCAGUACUCCUUCCACAACAGCCCCACCCACACAGCUAACGUUCACCCACAUUUGGCCCCACCUCAUCUGCCCGGGCAGCCUCACCUCUACACCUACACCGCUCCCACUGCCCUGGGCUCCACUGGCACGGUGGCACACUUGGUCGCUUCACAGGGCUCAGCACGCCACGCGGUCCAGCAUGCCAGCUACCCCCCAGGUAUUGUCCAUCAGGUGCCUGUUAGCAUGGGCCACCGUGUGCUGCCCUCACCCACCCUGCACCAUGGCCAGUACCAGGCCCAGUUUGCACAUCAGACCUACAUCAGCGCUUCACCUGCCUCUACUGUCUACACUGGAUACCCGCUGAGCCCGACCAAGAUGAACCAGUACCCUUACCUCUAAAGAUGAAACACUGGAGCCCAGCCAAUCGCUGCUUACCAUUUGUUACCCUAACCCCACCCAGAGAGACAAGCUGAAUGCCCAUCAACCCUUAACCCCGCCCCCUUGUUCCUUCAUGCUUAAACUUGAAGACAAUGAAGAUGCUGAUGGAUUAAGGAAGUGUACUCUGAGUGGAAACGAAGGAGAUCUCAUUUAAAUAUGUUAUAUUUUGCCUUCUUAAAGGGCCAGUUAACUUUUCAUUAUUUGGGUUUUAGUUUUUUUUCUGAAUAGAAGUUGAAGAAGUUUUAGCUUUCUUAAUUUCUUUUACAACAAGGUCUCAUUAACAGGCCAUUUGGGAGAGAAAGAGUUUUGUUUAACCAAGGUUUUGUUUGGUUUCCCAUUCUUGAAAUCAUUCGCUGACUGUUGAGCCGAGUCCCGAUGUGGAUGUUUGAAUUCCUAAGAAUUUUGGAUAAGGUGAAAUACGGAUAUCUGCUGCUCUUCAAAGAAUAACAAAAAUUAUGAUGGCCUUGAACUGUCUUAAACGUUUCCAAAUUACAUGUGGUGAAUGGUAUGCAUAUACUCCACUGCGCUCUCCAACAAACACCUGGGAGGAAUCUUCUGGAAAUAUGCCGAAAAGACAACAACAUUUUUUUAUAGUGUAAUUAUAGACUUUUCAUUGUUUGUGUUAAUAUUUAGAAAAGAAAAUACUGUUUGUCUUUCAGUAGAACAUUAGCCGGGCCCCUCUUUGUAGAAUGUAGCAUUCUGCACCCAUUUAUUUAAUGAAGAACCUUUCUGAUACCAAUAGACUCUUUGUUCUCCUCUUUCAAUGUGAUUGCACAAAGUGGUUAAAAUAACAUAGGCAUGUUCAACAUGGUAGUCGGUCGUGUGUUUUGCGUGCAUGUGUGCGCGUGUGUUGCGGUCUGUCACAUGUGGUACACCCUUUGCACAUUUGUGCAACAUAUUCCUUCACAGUCUUAGGUUUAUCAUUGUUACCUCGUAGUGCCUUACAUAUAUUACAACAGUUUACUUGGCUGGAAACCCUGUAGAACCAGAUAUGCUAGACAGAGUGUUGGCUCCUAGUUUGAACAUCUUUACCCAAGCUGUUUUUAAGUUCCAGGUAUAAGCGUUAGCCCUUAAAAUGUUAUUUAUGUGCUAUUUUGUAAAUUCACAAAAAAAAAACAAAAAAAAGCACUUACAAUGUGCUUCUUGUUUUGCGUGCAUGAGGUUGUUUUACUUUUAGGUAAAGAUAAUUGCUUGGCAUAAUGAACCAAAGUCAUCAUUUAAAAAUAAAUAACAUUUGUUCUGGGUAGUGGAUAUAAUUAUACAGUAUAUAGCUUAUUUACUGUACAUACUGUAGCUAUACAUUUUAGUCAUCUUACAAUCAAUGCAAUGUCACUGAUUUAAGGCUGUAAAUGUCAUAAAACGGAGAUUUCAUGUAUAUUUGAUGGGAAAAGCCAAGUAACACUCAAUCAAUUUAAGAUUGACCUGCUGAAAUACCAGCUAAGACAAGUAUGAAUUUCUGUGCUGGUUUGGUGCUGUUGGACCAGCACUGCUGUAGUGAAGCUAGUUGACCAAGCUAGGCUUGCUGGUUAAGCUAGUUAAGGAGGCUGGUGGAGACACCAGCAUCCAAAACACAACAUACACUGGUCUUUUCUGCAGGACAGGCUACACAAUUCAUCAAUAAUGGAAAGCAUGGGCUAAAAUUCGGCACAUGUUCAAAUAAAGCACACCAGGCCUGGAGAAGAUGUUGGAGAAGAGGAGCUGUUUGCGAAAGACUGAACUUAACAGUCCGUCUGAGCCUAGGCAGAAAUGGCUUAGAAACCGUAAACCUGGGAGGGUUUGAGAAAGAGAGAGUCUUGUUUGGGGUUGGAGACACUAUGGUGCUUGUAGAUGGUGGUGGAUUUUGGUGGAAAAUUAUGGAGAGCAAGGGAAGAGGGCAAAUUCCACAUUUUUAAUGAGAAUAGCAUGUUGGCUUUGAGCACGUUGGCUGAAGGGAGCCGUGCAGCAGUAAGUACUGCAUGACUGCACACCAUAAUCUGAUUCAAGCUAUCACUAGCAGUUCUGUGAAGACCUUUGGGUUGUUAAUUGUCACGUUCACUCUAGGGGCUCCAACAGCCCCCUUGCAUGAGCUACAACAACAUGCAUUGGGACUACAUCAAAAUUGGUUUUGUAUUUUUUACUAUUUGUCUUACCGUAGGAAUCACUUUUGAUACAGGCGUCACGUCAGUAAAGAGAUAAUGAAAGUGUAGAAAACUGUGGGCCAAUGCUUGUUUUAAUGUUUUUUGCUGCUUAAUUUAACAUUGAUAUAUUAGCCAAUCAUUUGAUUUAAACCUUGCCCUAAACUGGCACAACACGAUAAAGCGAUAAACGACUAAAGCUUACACAAAGUGGUCGGAAGUCAUUCAUUUACAAUGACAACUGGCGAUUUGAAGCGUCAUGGGCAACAGAGGCCAUUAGCGACACGACAAUAUUGAGCAGUCUUUAACUUUAUGCAAAAACAGCUGAACUCAUGUGAUUCACCUCAUGAUACAGUUGGAUACAGCAUUUGAGUAGGCAUGCCUUCAAGCAACCAACAAUACAGUGUCUUGGCAACCUUCAAUGAUUUUAUUGCUGUCAUGACAGUGACAUUACAUUCAACAGCAUGUAAAGUCAUGUAAAUGCCUUAACGGUGUUCUUCAGACUUCAGCAAAUAACAAUCAACACUUGUUGAUUUUUGCCCAUGACCCCAGUUUCACUCUUCAUGUAAACACCUUUAAUGACGUUCUUGCCGGCAAUGUGCACAAGUGUUUGUGUUUUGAUGUCAAAAGCAGACAAUAACCCCAAUUGUUUUGAAUAAGCUGAUUUUUGAUAGUUAUCUGCAUAUUGGUUCGCAUGUAAACGCAUUAAUUGUGUCAUUGUUUAGUUUGUAUUUCCUCCUCUUCUGGAUUCAAAAAUCCAGCUUCACAUAACUGUACAGUUAACAUCAGAUACAUUUUUAUUGACUGCAAUUAUGUCGUAUAGCAUAGAAAUGUUGUCUUCGCUGGAAACUUUGCAUUGUGAAGUGCGUUCUUAUUGCGUUGUGCCUGGUUAGGACCCAGAGUUAGUGUGUUGGUUUUGUUUUUAUGUCUUCAGAUUAUGGGCACAUGCAUAUGGAGUAUUGAAUAUAUCCCUUUUGCCCUCAUGUUAUGCCAUAGAACUUGUAUUUGAAGUAGUUUUGUUUUUACAUUGUUGAGAUGUGUCUACUAUUUUAUUUUGCUAGGUAUAUUGUGUUCCUGUAGAGUGUUGCAAUACUUUUUGUGGAUGUUUAUUAAUGCAAGCAUUUUAUUGUGUUAUUUGUCAAGCAUAUUAUUUUUUAUUUCUGGUGGUCGAUAUAUGAAACCAUAGUGUUGGGUAUUCAUACAUGUACCCUAGUAUGGUAGAAAGAAUAGACUUGUGUCAAUGUGCUUUGCCAAGGUCUGACACAGUUACAUUUUGAAAUAGAAGCUUUUGAUAGCUUGCCAGUUUGAUUCAAAAAGCUGUGUUAUGUUGUAGCCCAGUAAGUGAUGCCAAUAGAUUUUUUUUUCUGUUGUAUUUGUGCUUGAAUGAGAAUAGAAGCUUAAACAAACCUACAAAACUCACAGUUAAAGAAAGGCUCCUUCAUUGUUGGUCACAAAAAAAAAACAUUCCAUUCCAGAUGGAGCCAUUUCUAUAGUCUCACAGGGACUUGCCUGUAUGACCAAAUCUGGGCUUUACUGGCAUUUAAGGACAUAUUGUUCUUCCCACCAAAGAUAAUCAGCAUGUAAUUGAUGCACAGACUUGGCCAUUGCUGUAAUGUAAAAGACAGUGUGUUUCAAUGACAUUUGGACAAAAAAACAAAAGCAGGUUAGAUCAGGUCCGUGCCAGAAAGAAACGUGUAAAUUAAUAGAAUACACAAAAUUUGAAUUACAUUCAAAAUAUAUGACACAAAUUGACAUUCUCUUAGAUCAUUGUCAUUUGUUUCGGUGUGAGUACAGUGUUACCCUAUUUUUUUUGUAGAUUUCUCAUACAUUGUGUCAGUGUUGGUGCUCUUUGUGUAUAAUAAAUAAAAAAAACUCUCCCAAUCACUAAUUACAUCUGAUAAAGGAUUUAUAUCAGAAAGUAAAGCCCUUAACCUAAGUUUUUAAGAAAAUGUCAGUUUUCUUUUAAAGCUGGUUAAAGUUGAUUAGCUCGAAUAGUGUAAACAAUGUGGCUCGGUGGCGCUUUCAACAUCACUUUUUGUUUAAGCUGUCCAUCAUAGUAACAUUGGCUUUAUGAAUUGAAUCUGAGUGAUUAUAUUUAAUAAAUUGGUCACUAGUGCAAAAUGUGUGUAAAAUUUGAGACUAAAAUAUCUGAUAAACAUGAUCUUUGUUGUGUUAUGUAUAUCUUGUCAUUGUUGGACUGUAACCCCAUUAAGUAAUAACUAAAAUGCAAUAAGUCUCACUACAUUAACUUGAUUUUGCAUUUCUCUGAUCAAUACUACGUUUUGAAAUAAUAUAUAAAUUAUCAAUUUAUUUUAAUGAGAGUUAAAUCAUAGAAAGCCCUAUUGACCUUACAAAUGUAAAUGUCUGUUUUAUGGAAUUCUGAAUACAGGAAAAAGUCAACAUUUUGUGAUGUAACAUGUUUUUUCUUUUUUAUGUCUUACCAAUUCUAUUUUAUAUUACCAAAAUGUGAUAUGUCUUAGAAGGAAGCAUUCAUACAAUUUACAGUUUGUAAAUUGCCAUAUAAUGUAAACCACUCAUGUCAGAAUACUGCCGUCUUUUCUUUUAAGCGUACAUGAAUCUUUAACAGUGGGGAUGUGCUGUAUUGGCUAUUUUUAUUUUUGGCUUUAAAAUAUACAACCUACAAUCAACACAUAAAAACCAGCGUUCCCAAAAGCAAUGGAUCCCGCCAAACUAAUGAUUGAAAAAACAUUCCUAAAUAAAACAUUGCUGGUCAAGUCCAUGAGAACUGUUGGAUGGCACCCAAAUCACCACAAGAAUAUUUCAAAGCACAUGAUUAUGAAUUAACUCAAAGCUUGCAGAUAACAAAGGAUUGUUGUUUAUUUCUUGUUAUUAUGUUCAUCGAAGUGGCCACAUACUGACACAUUGUUUUGCUUGUGUACUAUAUAUGUUUUAAAAUGAUUUAUUUUCCAUGUGUGGGCAGAAAGAGAAAUAUUAGGGGUCAUUGAACUUAACAUAUGUGAAUGUGCUAAGAGGCCAAAUAUGGCCAUCCUCUAUACAUUGUUUUAGAAGCAAAGAAGGUAAAAAAUAAUCUUCAUCCCCAAUAAUUCUCAUCAUUCAACUUUUUUAUACUUAUUUACAACUCUAAGUCCCAAUUAGGAAAAUGUACUAUGGAGUGACCUAAAUGUAAGCAUCUGUAUGUAUUAGUUAUUACUGCAGUUUACAAGUCUAAAAACCAUUUAUUCACGCUUGGACAACAAACACCAGUGAAUGCAAGUGAUUUAAUUUGUGAAAGUUCUAAAGCUGUCAGUUAAACACUGACAGAAAUGUAAUUUGUCACACGUCACCACGGUAACCUGAUAUGUAGCUGUGAUGCAGAGUAGCCGUUUGUGCAGCCAUUAUCAUGAACAAUUUUCUACUUGCACAGCAGCAAAACAUUCACAGUAAAAUGUAAAAAAUAAAUAUUUUUCUACAAUGUCUCAAGACCUAAGAAAGCAUCUGACCCCGAACCCUAAUUUUGUCGAUUGCUGUAUGGUUCCUCUGUAGUGUGUACCACAUUAGUUGUUGUCAAAGCUUAUGUGUGCUGCAGUAUUUCGAGGUAUACUUAUAUGUUUAUUGUCCUUUUUAUUAUUAUUUUGCUUUGUUUAUUGGGGAUUUGAAGAAGUGUGAUGUCUUAUUAUUUCAGUCUGUUAACGUAGCACUGUGUGUACCCUGUACCUUAGGCUAAUAUUAUUAAGUAUGCUAUGAGAAUGGAUAUUUUACUGGCUUUAUAGAAUGUUAAAUUAAAUAUAAUAAUUACAAUAAUUAGAAUGAUUUAACUCCUAAAAACUGAGUUGCUACUAAGCGCUUGUGUUACCAUUACAAAUGUUGUGUGCUUCUCUUAAUAAUUUUCGUUGUAGAAAAAAAAUGAGUGAAUUUUAUUAGGCUUCAACAACUAAUGAUAGCAGCAGUGUAAAUUCAUGGAGGAUUUUUAACAAACACAGGGGGUUAUGGAAGAAGAUAGUUAUUUUAAUCAUUCUAUUUACUAACUGUAGGGUGUGAAGGGGCUCGCAUUGUGGUGAACUAUGUUAUAGCUUGUUAUUCACUGUUACUUUUGAUCAUUUUUCGGUCUCCAAGGUGAAUCGAGUUAUUAAAGGAAAUUUGUAUGCUCACAUAUGCAUAUUGUAUAUGUGUAGAAAUGUAAUCACAAUUUGUCUUGGAUUUACAUUAAACUGUUAAGUCACUG